AUGAACGCGCAAGAGAUGGAGGCGUUGUUUUCAAACAACGGCCGGUUGGCUCGACUGACUGCAAUCCGGCAGAUUUCUGCUGGACGCCAUGAGUUCUUGUUCAGAGUUCUCGUGAGGCGACCGUUGCCCUCUUCAAGCAGGGUUGCCUCAACUCCAAUCCUUACAAAGGCAGUAAGCCGCAAGUUUGCAGAUGCCUUCCAGAUCUCAACAGGCAUAUUCACAAAUCCUGCGCAGAGCAUGCUUGGGGACGAAGAUCAGGGAGUAACAUUCAAGACCAAAAACGAAAAGAUGCUUGGUACUCUCACCGAAGUUGCGAGAUUUCGACCUGAUCAAAUGGAGUCGGCGCUUGGAGAGUGUGAUCUUCCGUUGGAGUGGCCUCCAGGAGGCUUUUUUGACUGCUUCCUGAUCGUUGUUUUGGAGCCCCACCUCAAGGAAAUGCGGGUGGCGGUGGAUGCAACAUUCACCAAGCCAUACGGUGUAUUUGCAGAAGAUGAAUGUGAUGAGGGCGAAGCCAAUGACGAGGAUGAAAGCGGCAAAGACUCACAACAGGUUGCUGGCGAGUUGGAGAAAAUAGAGAAGGAGUCGAAGCCGACGCUUCCAGUGGCUGCGGCGCACUUUGUUCAGCACAGGCCCUUUUUGAGGAGGUGGAGGUUGGAGGACUGCUUGCAGCAAGACCUGAAGCACGGCAUCGUGCUGCAGAACAGCAUGAGAGGAGCAGGAUAUAACCCACUCUUUUUGCCAACUUUCGAUUUGGACGUGGAAGCGUUGUGUACGCUCGGUGGUCCUGGUGGAUCGGCCACGGUAGAAGUACUUCCAGCUGGAGCUCUGAGGCCUUCAUGGUGGAUUGCCUUGAUGGGGAACACAGUGGAUUUGCCAAGACCUCAUGCAGACUCAGACAAUGUAAUACCGGCCAUGACCUUGCCGUUGUAG